CUUCAGCUUUAAAAAUCAUUUUUUCUUUGUUUAACACAACCCCUUUUUGUCUUUCUAGGAGUAUUCUUAUUUUUGUUUACUUUUUGUUGAUAAAGACUCCACCUUUUUUGUAUCUCUGUUGUUAUUUGUGUACAUAUGUAGUAUAGAUAGUAAAGAUUGAUUCUUUGUAGAGCUGUGCUUCUUGAUCAAGCUGGGAAGCUAUAACAUCUUGCGGAACUAACUUGAGUACCUAUUCUCCAAUGGACUUGAAAUCUAUAUCAUGGGUUGGAAACAUAUACCAAAAAUUUGAAACUAUGUGUUUGGAGAUGGAAGAGGCUAUGUACCAGGACACUGUUAAAUAUGUUGAGAAUCAGGUGAACACUGUUGGUACAAAUGUCAAGAGAUUCUGUUCUGAGGUGAUGCAAGAUGUUCAUCCUCAAUGUAAUAUUGAUCCUGUGAAAGUCGCAGCUGCUGACUUGUCUCUUAACCCUUAUGCUCACUAUGAAAUUGACAAGAAGUUGAAAGCAAAUCUUAAAGGAAGUGCCAGACGUUUUAGUAACAAAUUAAAUGAUGACACUCAAGUGAUCAAGGGGAAAUGCAAAAGUGGAGGAGUCUAUAAACGUCAAAAUGUGGGAAUCAAAGAAAUUGUUAGAGACAGCCACCCAGCUAAGAAGCCUAAUGCUAUUUGUCUUGCAUCAGGGGAUGCACUAAAAUUAUCUUCAAGUGCUGAGGUUAGGGGUGGUUUUGAAAUGGCAUCUGAUCAUGUGACCCUGACUUCAGCCCUGGCCUCAGUUAAAGGAUCUGACUCUGGAGAAGCAGCAAGUAAAGUUCGCGAUCACUUUAUUCAAACUAAUGUGUCUGCAGCUGAUACUUCAAUUACUUCUGAGGCUUCUGUUACGAUGUCUGUUGAAUCUGUCGGGAAGAAACAAACAGAUACUUGUACAAAGGAGUUAGCAUGUAAUACAAGAUACGAAAUUUGCAGUAAUGUUCGGAACAAUUUAGCUAAUGAGGAGAUCAAUGAGUCCCAUGAAGAAAAAUCAGAUAAUUUGUCUUCUGCUAUGUCCAAGUAUGACAGCACUGAGUCUGAUUUGGAAAUUGUUGAGAAAUUUGAUGAAUCCCAGUUGGAUGAAACAUGUGUCCUGGUUGAAGAGGACAGGAUUCAUGUUCCACAUGGUCCUGUCAAAAAGAAGUCCUAUAAGAAUAAGCUUCGGGAAGCUUUCUCCACGAAAAAGAGGUUGACAAGGAAAGAGUAUGAACAACUUGGAGCACUAUAUGGAGAUCAACAAUUCAACCUAGAGGCUGAGGAGGACAAGGUGAUGCCUGUUCUUGCCAUGAAUUCAAACACAAAAAUGUUGUCUGCUAAUGAUCAUCCUGAAUCUGAGUGGGAGAUUUUAUAGUUCUGAUGAUACUGUAAAUAGUAUUAUUGCUUUUCCAAUCAAUCCAUGGCGUCCUAGAGAGUGAUAUUAUUAUGCAUUAUUCUCUUAUAAAAUUGCAUAAAGUAUCAGCAAUCCGUUCCUCUAGUAGAGCGAGCCAGUAAAUAAUACGUAGUGGUACCUUGAAGAACCAACCCAUAUAUGAGGUAUGGCCAUCUUGUAGCCAAUCUUCAUAAAUUAAUAUAUAUAUAUAUGGAAAC